AGGAGGAGGAGCGUAAACCUUAGCCGCCCGCAUUUCUCGUCAUUCUACUGUUGACGUGACUGGCUUGGAGGCACACCAGCAAUUAUAAAAAGAAAAAUCUCUGUUCAAUGAAAGCAAGCAAGCAAACCAGGCAUGGAGUGCCUCAAAAACUGCUGCAAGAAGCUCACCAAAAAGCGAGAGAAGGAGCAGGAGGAGACAAAAGGUGUUGCCGUGCAGGUACCCGUCAACCCCAAACGAUUGGGGGUUCAGGAAGACUACCUCCUAUCCAAGAUGCCCCCUGACGGCAAAGAGGUCCCGUUUGUCUUGCCCACCUUGAAGGCAUCGUACGUGCAGCCCGGAGCCGCCUCUUCCCCUAACCUGCAGUACGGGAUGCCCGGUCCGACCCGCUGCGCGUACGCUCAGAGGAAGGCCGAGCUGCUGAACCCCCUGGCCGCUGCUUUUGCAUAUAGCUCAGAGUCCAGUCUGCAUACCGUCGCUGAAACCGCGGAUCCCGAGAGGACCUCGUCUACCCUCAAUUCCAGAGACUUUGAGCUCAACACAAGCUAUUCAGACUCUGGUGAGCGACUUAGUCGGUCCAUGAAUGAGCUCAGCACCACUCACAGUCCUGAAAUGAAGAACUUUGAUUCCAUGUCCAGUGUCCUGAGCACUCCGGCCUACAUCAGUGACUCGAGAAGCAGAGCAGAUUCUUUCUCACUGUUGGGUGACGAACUGGGGAGGUUGUGUGUCCGACUGAGCUACAAGGAGGACAUGGAGCAGGUGUGGAUCACGCUGGUCCAGUGUUCACAACUCAACUUGCCAGUGAAUAUAGCCCAAAAGACAAAGAUCCGAAUCAAAGGUGUCAUCACGCUUCCGAAACCGGUCAAGUUCCAGACUUCCAUCAAGGAAUACUGUCAGGAAAUAUCCUUCAUGGAGACGUUUGUCUUUGCGCUGAGCCUCCAGAGCCUCCGCGGCAGCGCCCUGCUGCUGAAGCUGCAGACGCAGGGGACCAAGAAGCGCACGGUGGCCAAGUGCGUCCUGUCGCUGCGGCCCCUCGGCCCGCAGGAUAUUGAGCAGUGGCAGCCCCUCAGAAGUCCAUGCAAGUUCUCCGGUCAAGGAUGCGAGCUGCAUCUGGCAACCUGCUUCCAGCCCGUCAGCAGACGCUUGCAAGUCCGAGUCCUCGCCGCCCAAAACCUACCGACUUCUGCCUCGGCCCUCCCGCCAGCCUACGCAGUGACCGUGCAGAUGCUGGGCUCCGCCGAGCCAGCGACCAAGAAGAAGACGCGAGCGCUCAAGGCCACCAGAGGGCAGUGUCAAUGGAACGACACCUUUCACUUGGAUCUGGACACUUUGGAACUGGCCGCAUGCGAGCUGUCAAUCAAACUCGUCAGCUGCGGCUCGGUCAAAAGGAAGCAGUGUGUCGGACAGGUCCAGCUGGGAUUAAACGGCCCCACCCAGGAAGCGGCGAAGCAGUGGAAGGACACCGUGGACCAUCCCGAGAAAGUAGUGGCGGCCUGGCAUACCGUGACUUAAAGUCGCCAUCUCUCUUUUUUGGGGGGCACAUGUGAAAUGCGAAACGUUGCGUUCGUGUUAUUGAUCGUUCUAAUCCCCCUAGUUGAAGAGAUUGAUUAGUUUAACACUUGACCACAUGUUGGUGGUUACUAAUUCACUGACUCAGAGUUGUAAAUUAUAGGUCGUUGCAGCUCACUUACAUUUCAUUCCAUGGUUGCUUGAAUAUUGUACGUAGUUCUUGUUGCUGAAACUUACUGAACGUUGUUUACAUUGGUGUUUGAGUAGCAUUCAAACCUUUGCUGACGUCAGCACUUAAAAAAAAAAGUGUAUUUAAUAUUUGUAUUAGCUUAGUGCAAUUAAGCGUGGGUGCGAUUGUGUUCUUAUCAAUCUGUUUGCAUCAUACGAGAGGAUACAGGCACGCCUUUUGGCGGGACUUUGACGGGAAAGUCACCUGUUGCCGGCCAUAAAGGUGACAGGAUACUUUGUCCUAAAAUAGGUCACCAAUGGCAAACUGAGAAAUAUCCAGGCCAUCCAGGCCAACAGCGAGAAAGGAAAAACAGUUCCUGUCGUUAAUCCCUCCCUGGCUCACUUUUAUGUAUUAGAUUCCAUAAGAGCGCCUAUUUUGGCGUCAUUUGAUGUUUUUGGGAAUGGCCAAACGAGAGUGACUUUAGACAAAAUGGUGGAGCGCCGGGACGACGGGUUCAUCACCACCAGAGAGGAUUCUCUGUUUCUUUCUUGCUUUUACCUGUUUUUGUCUCAAGAGUUGUGUCAUGUGUGAGUCAAUAAAGAAUGGAUUCAUUUGUUUUUCAAA